UUUCAGAUAUUUGAUCAUUUGGCUUGCGUCUUUACAGAGAAAGAAGAAAACAAAAAUUAGAGGAAACACUUAAGGAAAAGCAAAAUGAAGGGAAGAGAAAAGACGGCAAUCUCUCUAAUGUGUACUUCCAGAUUUGCUGACAGUAUUUUGUAAUGGGUUGGUAGCCCUUUCUAUUGCAACUUUGCAGUUAAUCCUCAAGUAAUUUUAAAUUCAGUCUUUGUUUCUCAGCUGUAGCUUAAAUGUUUCCCUUCCCCUUUUCUUCCCCUCCUAGUAAUCCUUUGAAGUUGAGACUGUGUUGCAUUCUUUUAAUUUUUUUCUGCUGAUAGCUUUGAGAAACUGGCAUGCAUUCUUCAUUUAGUUUGUGUGCCUGUUACUGUUUACUUUUCAACUCCUUUCACAGUUAUUCUACAGUCAUGCUACACUUAAGAGUGUAUCUUAGUGUGUGACUUAGAGGGAACAAUUCUAAUUAACCAAAGGUAAAUGAGUGGUUUCACUUGUUUUCCCCUUCAUGGAACUAUUCAGUAAAGAAAAUGGAAACCUUGACAAAGCAUUAAAAGGAAAUACCAUGAAUUUGGAUUAACCUUUCCUUUCUUCCAAUUUACGAAAAAAAUGUCAGGCAUGGAUUAAGGAAAAUGAUCCCCAUUUCACAAUAACUCCUGGAUCGUUUUGGAGAGCUUUCCAGGAGAGGAAUGGAUGCAAUCAUGUGGUUAAUUUAUUUUCUGGAUCAAAUUAGUAUGACCGCAGGCAAGGCAAAAAAAGGAUUGUUUUGGCAAGUAUAUCCUUGGAUCCUGUGGUCUGAGCUAAAGGGACACACAGAUUGGUAUGUUUAGGCCAUCUGUUGUCCAUGCUCUUUGUGGGUUGUGUGGCAGAGCUGGGGAUCUCAGAAUAAGCCAUCUAAGUAUCCAUUUCGUCAUGGACUAUGUCUCUGUGUGCCCCCUGAGUCUGUAAUGAAUUUUGCCAUUUGAAGUUUUGAUUGAAUGAUUAUUUCUUUCUCACAAAGCUGAGUGAUGGAGAUUAGUGAAUAAAUUAUUCCAGGCAAUGAAUGGGCAUGGCAUGCUGGGAUUAGAACCAACUGGUUGACAUAGAUGUUUGCUUCUUGCCCAGAAGCUUACUAGCAGUACCUGUGUGUGAAGGUCGUGUUACCAGGAAGGAUCACAGGAGUAAGGUCUGGCCCUAUGCAACAGAAGAGAAAAACUGAAAAAUGUCCUAUUGAACUGUCAGUACUUUCACCCUUGAUACUGGAGCUGGAGAAGGAGGCCAAAAAGACAACAGGAAUUGAAAGAAAAACAUGGCAAAUUCUAACACAGGGGGUCACAGGACAAGCAAUCUAUUAUUAAGGCAAAGAGGUCUUCCACAUUGAGUAUCCAGUUGCUACUGUGAUAUCUGAUGGGACACUUCAGGAGACCUGUCUGAAAAUUCAUGCAUCUGACUGGAUUGGAUUGUACUACGGGCCAGACUCUUUGAGAUUAUUGAAUUAGUCUUCAAGUGUUUCGAGGUUUUGAUAGGAAUGAAAAUUCUCCCUGGGGCAUGUAGGCAACAACUUGCUGUCAUUUUGGAUCUAAGGGAAGAGAUAAGACUCCACAAUAGUUUUUGAAGUCCAAAGACAGAGAUUUAGCAGUAUACAUCAAUCCUAAUGACAAAGCAUUGUCCAAAAAGUAACUGGUUUUUGUUGAACUUUUAGAGGAAAACCAGUACGAUCUUCUUGGAUGUAUUUCUUGUCCACGAGUUAAGGAAAACAGAGGACAGGAAAAUUCUGGAUACAAAGUGCUGUUAAUUUUUUUUUAAAUUUUAUUUUCUUAAACAACUCUUUAUCUUUUGUCUAGUACCUUAGAAUAAGGGAGAUGGAUCUGCUAGAGGACAGGGUAAUAAAGUCAAAAAUAGAACGACGAAAAAGUGGGACAGAUAUGUGCUGUAGAGAACAUGAUAUUGUGCACAAAAAAUGAUCACGGCUGUGAAGAAUAUGAGAAAAGAAAUUCUGCACUUGUCCGUGCGUGAGCGACAAAGUUGGAAUCUGUUAUUUAUUAGUAAAAUUUUAACUUGAAUGUAUUAUCAGUGCUUUUUUAAGAUUUUAACAAAUAGUUAAAAUUACAGUGUAUAUGGGUAUUAUUUAUGUCCAUUCCCGAUCUGAAAAGUCCUCUUAGUCUCAGUCUUUAAACCUCCUUGCUUAACAAGUCUGCUAGUAGGAAGUCUGUUACCACUAAUAGGUCAAGGGACAUGCUAAAAGGCAGUGUCAGGAUCAGGGGUCAUGUUCCUUGGAGUGGUGAAUGAAGGGUAGUGGGGGAAGAUUUGCGGAGUCAUAAUGCUUAAUGAAAUGGUUCCAGUCUGUUUAGGAAGGAAUGACUGGCAAAGUAAUUUUACUAAGUCUCCCACUCAUUAAAAAAAUACUAGGUCUUUUUCCAGUUCACUGGCAGCUUGGAAGAAAAUAAUGUUGAAUUCUUCUGGAUCAUGAGAGUGAGGUGAAAGGAUUGCAGAAAUCCAGAGAAUUGCUCCAGAAAACAGAAUGAUGAGCCCUGUAAGUGAACAGAAAAAAAAAAGGUGCUAAUGUGGAGUACUUUCUUAUGAAUGUGCUGGAGAGGCUGAUUUCUAUAAGCUACAUGGCGAUAUGCAUAAAAAUUUCAGUUUCUUUAAAAUACUCUGUCAUCAUAUGGGGGUCCAUACUGUAUUAGACCUCAGCUUGACAGAGGAUCCCCCAACCUAUUGCCUAAAGAUUUAGGCAUCCUGUUUAGUUCACAGGAAUGAUCCCCAAGUAGUUUGAAUAUUUUGAUGUUUGUUCAUUUCUCUGAAUGGACAGGUUAAUAGAGAAGAAAACAGAAGAGGUAAUGGGUCAAAACCAGUGAACAGAAAAUGUGAGUGAUAGUAGCAACAAACAUCUGUUAACUCACUAAUGAGUGGAAAUAGAGCAUCUGUUAAUGCAGAAAGGCAGAAAUGUUUGGUCAGUAUUUUUCUUCUGUAUUUGGAAUGAAGAAGGUUAUAUAUUCAUAAUCUGUAACUGAUGAAAUGCUUUUCAUUAAAACUGUAGCUCAAGAAGAUGUCAAACUGCAGGUAUUAAAUUGGAAUUAUUAUCUGUUAAUCAGUGGGGUUUAGAGAAUUUGCAGCUGGAUGUCUAGAAGACCUGGUUGAAGAGAUACUUGAGCUGUCAGUUUUGCAGUUAGAUGUGGAAACAAGGACAUUCCAGAGAUUGUAAAGAAAAUUGAUCCUCUGUAGCAAGCUGUUUGAGUGGACAAAUUGUACUUCAGGUAAAGCUUUUUCUGUAUUUGCCAUCAGUAGAUGAUUCCUUUCAACUCAUUCACUGCUAAGGUGAUGAUUUUUGUCAAAUUUUUAAGUGAGCCAGUCCUGAGUCUUUUUCGCAUAGAUUCAGGACCUGAUCUUCAUUUAAUAUUAGUCAGGAUAAUGCUGGGACUGUCUAUUAAUUUGUAGUGCUGCUAAUUUGCUUUACCUUGGAAUGAGCUCUUCUGGGCCCAUGACUGUGAGUGAAAAGAUGAUUCAGUGUGGAGAAGUCAUUGGCUCAUUUUGGCACAACCUGUCUCAGAGAGAAUGUGAUAAAGAGGAAGAAGGUGGGUCUGCUUAUUCCUCUUGUAGUCCAGCUGCAGGAGGCAUGAACUCUUCUGAGCAUAAAAAUGCAAAGAAAAGGUGCACCAAUGUGUUGCCAUCGUAAUUAGCUCCUGCACUCAGGUACCAGCAAUGUUCAGAAAAUUUUAAUGGGAGAGCACGUUAGAGCGACAUUACUCAAACUGUGAGAGAGGUCUUUCAAGAAAGCUUCUCUGAGUACUCCCCUCUCUUGCAGGAGAUUGUGCUGGGAUGCAAUGCAACAGAGAAAGGGUUCUUAGUUUGUUAGUGAGAGGUUAAAAAAAUCAAAACAUAAUCAAAAUCAAAUCUGGGCUGGCUAUCAUUCCAACACUGACAUUGUGUCCAUAACAAAGCCACUUAAAUCUUUCAUCUUAGUGAAAUGGAGACAGUUUUAAGUGCUCUUCAAAAAAUAUGGUAAAUAAUACUUAAAUAUUCUGUCAGCAGUUUUAUCUAAACACUUACCUCUCUAGUGCAGCUUUACUUCUUUUCACACAUGUAGCUCUAAAAAUUGUACAUUGAUAGUGCUUAUGAAGAUGAGAGGUCAAGGUCAGGCACUUUCCCUGAGCCACCCAUUUGCCACAUCUAAGGGCAAAUUCCAAAAGGACAAACCACAUUAAAGCUGUAGAGGAACCCAUUUUCAUGUUCUGUUCUAUUUUCAGAGCUACUAGCCAGCUGGCAGCAGUUGUGCUAAAUGAUAUGGUGUGGUUAGAGAGCAACUACCUGGAUAACCUGGAUACCAUUCCUCUGAAGGGCUGCAGAACACUCAUUGUCAUGCAUGGGAUAACGGAGAUGUGUAUCGUGUGUCAUGUAUCCCCCGUGGAAAACAGCCAGGAUUCCGCUGCUAAGUAUAGCCUAGGGGAGGGAGCUGGGCUUUGCACAGUUGCUCUGUGGUCACACUGAAUCUGAAGAUAGCACCUUUUGUGCUAGGUUAACAUAUAAUGAUUGGGGGCUGGUGGAGAGGGAAGGCAAAAGGGGAAAUCAGUCUGUACUUCGUAUAGAUUUAACUCAAAAUCAGCUUGUUAACAGUGAUCAUAGGAACACAUGUAAAGAGAGAGCUUGAGGUUUGGUUAGAGAAGGAAAUGGGGGGUUUGGAGCCUCUUGCUGUAAGCCUCCUGGAAAAGAAGUAGAUCGCAUGCUGUUCACUGUAUCUCGGAGUGGGAGUGGCAAAGCUGCUGGUUUGAGUUUUAUUUGGACUCUCUGACAAGGCACAACACGCAGUGAAAUAAGAAAUAGUAAAUACAGCAGGAGAUAAGCUUAUCCCACACCUGACAUUACCCAUCAUCGGUCACAAGGAGCAAUGACAUUUUGCACAGUUAAGUUUUGUGAGAGAGACAGCGGGAGAGUAUAUAGCUGGUCUGAGUAUCUCCACCAGUAGAUCAAAUCCAUCUUCAUUGUGCAUGAAAGAUUCCUUCCUUCUUGGCAGUGGUGAUGUUUUAAAUUUUCUCUUGUUUCUGACAAUUUACUUGGAUGAUGACGUCUCUUCUUUUGUGCAGAUCAGAGGUUCUGUUCCACUGUUUUGGGAGCAAACAGGGCAUCAGGUUGGUUCCCGUCAUCUAAGGCUUAACAGAGGUCUGGAAGCUAAUGCACCUGCCUUUGACAGGCAUAUGAUGCUUCUCAAAGAGCAGUAUGGAAAACAAGUGAUCGUUAACCUGUUGGGAAGCAGAGGAGGAGAGGAGGUGCUCAACAGAGCUUUUAAGAAACUUCUAUGGGCCUCUUCCCAUGCGGAAGGCACUCCCAUGAUAAACUUUGACUACCACCAAUUUGCAAAAGGUGGGAAAGCUGAGAAACUGGAAAAUUUGCUGGGGCCUCAGCUGAAGUUGCAUUGGGAAGACUUUGGAAUCUUCACAAAGGGCGAGCAUGUAAAUCCACGCCUGCAGACAGGUACUUUUCGAAUGAAUUGUUUGGACUGCCUGGAUCGUACUAAUAGUGUACAGUCCUUCGUUGCACUAGAGAUACUGCUUGCUCAAUUAGAGAGCCUUCGUUUGAACUCUAAAUCUAUAAUUGAGCGCUUUGUGGAAUCCUACAAAGAGAUGUGGACUCUCAAUGGUCAUAAUCUGAGCAGGGUAUUUAGUGGCAAUCGUGCCCUUGAGGGGAAGAACAAGGUUGGGAAGCUCAAGGAUGGUGCCCGCUCUGUGUCUCGCACCAUUCAGUCAAAUUUCUUUGACACAGUAAAGCAGGAAGCUAUCGAGUUGCUACUCAUGGGUGACUUCUUCAGGGAGGAAUAUGCAGACAGAGGCAAGAUGCUCAUGGACCAGACUGCACUGCUGGUAACUCCAAGUAUUUUGAAGGCCAUGUCAGAGCGUCAGUUUGAAUUUACAAGCUUCAAGCGAGUUCGUGUUGCCACGGGGACCUGGAACGUGAAUGGGGGAAAGCAGUUUCGAAGCAACAUCCUUGGUACCAGUGAGCUGACAGACUGGCUGCUGGAUUCUCCCAAGCUCUCUGGAGUUUCAGAAUUUCAAGAUGAUGAUAACUGCCCUCCUGACAUAUUUGCAGUGGGAUUUGAAGAGAUGGUUGAGUUAAGUGCGGGCAAUAUUGUAAAUGCCAGUACAACAAAUAGAAAAAUGUGGGGAGAGCAGCUUCAAAAAGCUAUUUCCAGGACUCAUCGCUACAUUCAGCUGACAUCAGCACAGCUUGUUGGUGUUUGUCUUUUCAUCUUUGUACGACCAUAUCAUGUCCCCUUCAUCAGGGAUGUAGCAAUAGACACUGUGAAAACAGGAAUGGGAGGAAAAGCUGGAAAUAAAGGGGCAGUGAGCAUUCGUUUUCAGUUCUAUAGUACCAGUUUCUGCUUUAUAUGCAGUCACUUAACUGCUGGGCAGACUCAGGUGAAAGAGAGGAAUGAAGAUUAUAAAGAAAUCACACAGAAACUCAGCUUCCCAAUGGGGCAGAGCAUGUUCUCACAUGACUAUGUCUUCUGGUGUGGUGACUUUAACUAUCGCAUUGAUCUAACAUACGAAGAAGUCUUUUAUUUUCUCAAACGUCAAGAUUGGAAGACACUUUUGGAAUUUGAUCAACUGCAACAGCAAAAAUCCAGUGGAAAAAUUUUUAAAGACUUCCAUGAAGGGACUAUUAAUUUUGGACCAACAUAUAAAUAUGAUGUUGGCUCAGAAGCUUAUGAUACAAGUGAUAAGUGCAGAACUCCAGCAUGGACUGACAGAGUGCUUUGGUGGAGAAAGAAACUGCCUUUUGAAAAAACAGCUGGAGAGAUCAAUCUUCUAGACAGUGAUCUCAAUAGUGAUACUAAAGUGAGGCACACCUGGACCCCUGGAGCCUUGAUGUAUUAUGGGAGAGCAGAGCUGCAAGCAUCAGACCACAGGCCAGUGUUAGCUAUUGUAGAAGUGGAAGUUCAGGAGGUUAAUGAAGCUGCCCGUGAGAGUGUUUUCCGGGAAGUGUCAUCUUUCCAGGGACCACUGGAUGCCACAGUAGUGGUAAAUCUGCUAUCACCAACACCUGAAGAGAAAAAUGAAUUUCCUGAGGACUUGCGUACAGAGCUUAUGCAAAUGUUUGAGGAUUAUGGCACUGUUGUUCUGGUCAGGAUCAUUGGAGGUCAAAUGCUGGUGACAUUUGCAGACAGCAAGUCAGCUCUUCAUGUUAUGGAUAUAGAUGGUGUCAAAGUUAGAGGCAGAACAGUGAAGAUCCAGCCCAAGACUAAAGACUGGCUAAAGGGCCUUCAUGAGGAAAUUGCUCGAAAACGGGACAGCAUUGUCCCCAUGUCCCCUACGGCAAAUUCCCAUCUUCUGGAAGAAAAUUUUGACUUUUCAAGUUUGGACUAUGACUCAGAAGGUGAUAUAGAGGAUGAAGAUGAUUAUUUAGAUGACGCUUUGUGUCAAUACCUAGUAGCAGACACAGCAGAAGAUAUGUCUGAUGGCUCCGGACAUUGUGCAUCUGUAGCUCUUUCAAACAAAUCUGGACAAAACCCACGGCUGUAUAAAGAUGAUACAGACCUGGCUGAUUUGAAGCAGGAGCUGGAGGCAAGUGGGGAAUGCCACCGCCGGAUUCCAAGCAGGUCUCUGUCCAUUCCUACCAGGCCUCGGCCACUUCAGCCGCCACAGAGGCCUCCACCUCCUGCCGGAACAUCAGUCAAAAAGUCCCCCUCAGAUGGUUCCCUCUCUCCAGGAAGCCAUUCCACCUGCUCCAUCCUGGCAACAGCAAAGCUGCUACCUGGAGCCCCUCAGCAGCCACCUAAAGUCCGGACUGGAAUAAGCAAACCUUACAAUGUCAAGCAGAUCAAAACCACCACAGCUGAGGAAGCAGAAGAAGCUAUUAGAUGUCUUAUGGAAGCCAAAGGAGGACUACAGGAAGAUGCAGUAAAGCCUGUUCCAAGCAGAAACCAGACUUUCACGAAACCCGAGCCUCUUCCCAGCAACCUAAAGUCAGCAUCAUUUCAAGGGUCGCAGGCAGGACCAGUGCCUGUGCCUCACCGUCCACCACCCAAAGUUCCAACUCCAAAGAAGCCAGUACCCCUGCAAAGGACUGGAGUCAAGGUGGAAAAUGCCACGUCUACAGAAGAGCAGUUUGACCAACAGAUAGUACAGUCUCCUUUUGGCUUGCUAGAGCCUCAUCUAGAAGACAGAGCUAUUCUUUGUCCAACCAAGAUCACUCCAGUCCCUAAACCCAGAACACCACAAGCUGGAAAGCCCCAGGAGAGCCGGGGAAACACUGAAAAGCAGCCCCCCUCAGCAAGCAUGGCUGAGGCCAUUGUACUGCCUCCCCAGAGUGUUCCCUUUGCCCCAAAGGUGCCACCACGAAGGAAGAAGUCUGCUCCUGCAGCUUUUCAUCUGCAAGUUCUCCAGAGCAGUGAGAGCCCACUUUUUAGUGGGUCAAUGUUCAACUCCAACAACAACAACCCUGGGUCCUGCCCCCAGACUGAUGUCCUUGCUUGCUCAGCUCCUACAGCCUCCACCAGCCCAGAAAACAGCACAACAAAACUGUUGACACCAACUGCUGCAGAACUGAAUGCUAAUCUCCAGGGCCUUCCUAUAACAGCAGGCCAGCAUCCACAACGCUUGGAUACCAGCUCCCUUCCAGAGCACACCAGUCUUUUGGACCUGGACGUGCCCUCUUCCUGCCCUCUUUCCAUAAAGGCAACAUCAGCUACUUCUUCAGCACACACUUCAGAGAAUUUAAAACACCCCAACCUGAAAGAUUUCAGUCAUUGGGUUACAUUUAGUGAUGAUGAAGACAGCAGUGCAUUGUCAGAAGGGUUCAACAAACUGCUUGUCUUAGAACAAAACAAAAAUACUUGAUGAAGACAAAUACUGAUUUAGAAUUGUAAAUUUUGCCUCCUUAAUGUUCCUACAGAAAUCAUAAUUAUGAUGCAAAAUAAAAAAUUAAUCUUUUUUAUUUAAUGAAAUAGAUCAUCUGUCCAUGCUACAUUUCAUUUUCAUGUUUAAGAUAAAGAUACUGCCCCUGGAGGGAAGUAUAUAGAGUACAUACAACCUAACAUUAUCCACAGCUUGUUUGAAAAAUUCUUUAUUCUAAGUUAUUUCUUUUUAUUAAUCCAUCUUAAGAUGUUUUAUUUCAUUUUGGGUACGAAUCAUAUGUAAGAACAUGUAAUGAUGUAUGGAAAAAAAGACAUUAAGAAAAACAUUUUCCUGUGGAAUUUAUAUUAUAAUCAAUUGUUUGAAAUAAAGCAUCCUUACCUCUAA